CUAAACCCCAUUAGUGACCUUGGCUGAUUUCAUCUCUGUAACACCACUUCUCAAAAGCACAGAGCUCUAGUUCUGUCAAGAUGAAACACCCGUUUCACCCCCUUCUGGUUUCCCUCAUCAUAACAUCUGUGUGUGGGGAGAACAAAGGUCUUCUGGAUCAGCUUGAGAAGGGAGGAGAAACUUAUAAGUCUGUGGAUCCCCAGAUCCCCAUGGAGCACUUAAAUAACAAAACCUUGAGUACGCCCCUUCUCCCUGCUGACUUCCACAGGGAAAACACGGUCACCAACGACUGGAUUCCUGAGGGGGAGGAGGACGAUGACUAUCUGGACCUGGAGAAGAUACUCAGCGAGGACGAUGACUACAUCGACAUCAUCGACAGCCUGCCGGUCUCCCCAACAGACUCAGAAGCAAGUGCUGGAAACGUACUCCAGCUUUUCCAGGGCAAGAGCCGUAUCCAGCGUCUUAACAUCCUAAACGCCAAGUUUGCCUUCAACCUUUACCGAGCACUGAAGGACCAGGCCAGCACUUCUGAUAACGUCUUCAUUGCACCUGUUGGCAUUUCUACUGCCAUGGGCAUGAUUUCCCUGGGCCUGCAGGGAGACACCCAUGACCAAGUGCACUCAAUCCUGCAUUUCAAAGACUUUGUUAAUGCCAGCAGCAAGUAUGAGAUCCUGACCAUCCACAAUCUCUUCCGUAAGCUGACUCAUCGCCUAUUCAGGAGGAAUUUUGGGUACACUUUGCGAUCAGUCAAUGACCUUUAUGUCCAGAAGCAGUUUCCAAUCCUGGAUGAUUUCAAAGCUAAAGUAAGAGAGUAUUACUUUGCUGAGGCCCAGGCAGCUGACUUUUCAGAUCCUGCCUUCAUAUCAAAAACCAACAACCACAUCCUAAAGCUCACCAAGGGCCUCAUAAAAGAUGCUCUGGAAAAUAUAGACCCUGCUACACAGAUGAUGAUUCUAAACUGCAUCUACUUCAAAGGAUCCUGGGUGAAUAAAUUCCCAGUGGAGAUGACACAUAACCACAACUUCCGGCUGAAUGAGCGAGAGGUGGUCAAGGUUCCCAUGAUGCAAACCAAAGGGAACUUCCUUGCAGCAAAUGACCAGGAGCUAGACUGUGACGUCCUCCAGCUGGAGUACGUGGGGGGCAUCAGCAUGCUCAUUGUGGUCCCACACAAGCUGUCUGGGAUGAAGGCCCUUGAAGCCCAGCUGACACCCCAGGUGGUGGAAAGAUGGCAAAAAAGCAUGACAAACAGAACUCGAGAGGUACUUCUGCCAAAAUUCAAGCUGGAGAAGAACUACAACCUGGUGGAGCCCCUGAAGUCAAUGGGGGUCAUGGCGCUGUUUGACAAAAACGGCAACAUGUCAGGCAUCUCAGAAGAAAGGAUCACCAUUGACCUGUUCAAGCACCAAGGCACCAUCACAGUAAACGAGGAGGGCACCCAAGCUGCCGCUGUGACCACCGUCGGGUUCAUGCCACUGUCCACCCAAGUCCGCUUCACUGUCGACCGGCCCUUUCUGUUCCUUGUCUACGAGCAUCGCACCAGCUGUCUGCUGUUCAUGGGGAGAGUGGCCAACCCCAGUAGGUCUUAGAGGGGGAAGUCUAGGUGUCUGAGGUGUUUUGGAGACACUGUGUCACUUUGUUUCCAUUCUAAUAAGAGAACAGAGGUGUCUGACAUCA